AUGGCUGUAGAUAGGUAUCUCACGGUCGUUCGGGUCAGAAAAUCCCGCCCAAAGCCGCCGAUUUUUACCCAUUCCGUCUGCGUCGUUGUUUGGUUUAUUUCCAUCGCCAUGGUUUCGCCAAUUCUUCACUACACUCAAAUUCAAGGAAACGAAGGCCAGUUCAUGUGCAUUCAAAAAUUCCCGAACGAUGAUCCGCAAAUACAACCAGCAGCACCCGUUACAUCAAAUCCCUUUUCCGGGGGGAUGGAUUUCGGGGCGAUUCCGACUGGAAAUUUGCCAAUGCCGGGGUUUAACUUGCCGAAAGACCUGCCCACUGUAAAUUUCAAUCAACUAUCACUGCCAAAUGAUACUGUAACAAUUGAUGAAAAAGAAGGUUCUCUCAUGCGAAAUCGACGAGAUUUUCCGCCAAUCCAGUUCAACUCGUCAGCUAGCCCAGUUCCAGCUUUGGAUUUAUCAGGUCUAAACAGUCUCCCAACCGACGAUUCCGACGAAAAAUCCGACGAAAUUGAGUGCAAAAUGGCUGAUAUCUUCAAUUUGCUCAAAGAACGAGUCCUCCACAAAUGCCAAACUACCAAAUCAAAGAUGCUUCUUCAGUAUCUUUAUUCGAUCUUCGUGCUCGGCUUCAUCAUCCCGCUCGGGGUGAUUUGCUAUUGCUACGGACGUAUUAUGAUGAAAGUGAAGCAUACUGAAAAACGCGCGAAACGCUUCGUGUCAAAAGACAUCAAAGACAACCCGAUGUGGCGCGCGUUUACGGACACAGUGACACAGCCCUUUGUCAAAUAUGGCAUGAAAAAGGAGGCGAAAAUACACUUGAAAAUGCCGAUGAAUAAGGAAUCAACGGCGAGAAGACAGCUUAAUCGUUUCGUGACCCUGCUGCUUUCAACAUUCGUCAUCUGCCGGCUUCCAUGGUAUUCUUGGCAUUUGGUGAAAGCGCAUGGCUUCCAAAUCCCUUUGGAGAACUGCGAAAUAAUAACUGAUGUAACAUUCUGUCUUGCAUACAUGUCCAGCGCGAUAAACCCUCUCAUGUACAUUUUUCUCGGGCAAGAUUUUCGCCGACGCUGGAAUGGAUGCAAAUCGAGGAUACGAGCGAAGCUGGCAAAAUAUUCGUUCCCAAGGUGGAUGGGCUCGAAAAAUCGAAGAUCCACGAAAAUCACGAGAAACUCUAAAGGACGAACAAUCACUUCAGAUUUAGCUACACGUAAGAGUUUUCUCACUAAGGAUGUUUCGAGUACUUAUUUGAAAACUAAAGAGGAUUGUGUCACCGUUGGUGCAUCGAUAAAUGCGUCGAAGAGAACAUCCUGUGGCGCAACGCCUAGUAAUUACAUCUGUAACGAUCAAUGUGUAAAUAUUGUCGAAUAA